AUGAUACAAAUGUUUAAAUACUAUGGCCUGCUCGGUUUGAGGGGCCUCUUCAUGCCGAAGGCCAUUGCAGGAGCCCGCGCACAAAAUAUGCAACGAGCAAUCGAAACAGUAGACCGAAGAGUCAACAGCAAAACAAACCGCAAAGAUUUCUUGCACUACGUUCUUGCCGCCAUGGAGACCGAAAAGGGCAUGUCUCGCGCGGAAAUGAAUGUCAAUACGUUCUCACUGAGUAUUGCCGGGUCAGAAUCCUCAGCGACCUUGCUAUGUGGUUUCGUCUUCCACACUCUCGCCCAUCCAAAUAUUCACGAAGAGCUCGUUAAGGAAGUCAUGGAGGCAUUUAAAUCAGAACAAGAGAUUGUCAUGGCAAACGUUCAUGGUCUUACAUAUCUGAAUGCUGUUUUGCAAGAAUGUUUGAGGAUUUAUCCGCCCGUUGCUGUAACGCUCCCACGAGUUGUCCCCGACGGUGGAGAGGUAAUAGAUGGCAGAUAUGUUCCAGCCAGUACUACUGUUGGUGUUAAUCAUUAUGCAUGCUACCAUGAUCCGAGAAAUUUUCAUCGUCCCGAUGACUUUCUUCCCGAGCGCUGGAUGCCUGGUGCCAAAAAUAAAUUUCCUUUCAGUCAGGAUCAUAGAAAUUGUUUGCAGCCUUUUUCUCUCGGUCCACGGAAUUGUUUGGGCAAGAACUUGGCUUGGGCAGAAGUACGCUUAAUCGCUGCUCAUUUGAUAUACCUAUUUGAUAUGGAGCUCGAUGCAAGUGUUAGCAAUCGGUGGAUGGAACGCCAGAAGGUUUGGGGGUUUUGGGAUAAGCCGCCCUUGCUUGUUCACUUAACGCCUAGGCAGAAGAUAAGUCGGUGA